AUGCGUAAUUUCGAUGUCAGAGCCAGACAGUUCAAUCAAGCAAAGCUGUGGUCAUCGCCGGAAAUGUUUGGACCUAGGGCAUUUUUUCGAGCUGCUACGGAUCCAGCGGCAUUAGUAAUAGACAAUAUUAAAUUAGCGGAUGAAGGUGUUUACCGCUGCCGUGUAGACUUCAAAAACUCUCCAACCAGAAACAGUAAAGUUAAUUUUACUGUUAUCGAGCUACAACACAGGGUGACUUCACAAUCUGCCCUCACUUUCUUCGGUCCUUCAUUAGUUCAAAAAUUUAGCUCAGUACCCCUGACAUCUCAAAUCUCAAAAAUUGGACCAUAA